UGAAAUGGGUGAAGUGAGGACCGAGAGAGAUAUAUGCGUGAACAGCCUCCUUUGAACCCAAGGUGACGUUUAAAAGGCAUUAACCUAAAUCUUGUGAAAAGUGAAUGAGCGUGUGAGUGUGUGUGUGUGUGUGUAGCCAAGAAGAGGUCCCUCUUGCACUUGCAUGAUGAUUAUUCAGUGCUGGCCUGAUCGUGAUUGAAAUUAAUGAGUCCCCCUGGAAUCUUUCACGUCAUUUCGAAGUCAUUCCGAGUUCUGCGUCUUGGAAAAGUGCAUGAGUGUACAGCGAAUUGGGGAAUCGAAUCAUCAGCCCCCGUUUCUUUGACCACGGAGACCAAAAAUCUCUCUUGAGGAGUUGGUGCCAACGCGAGAGGAGAUACAACAAUUGCAGCUGCUGAAUUUCCACAUGAUCCUUAGUUGUUGGCUCAUGUAGCCUCUCAAGUGCUUCUUCAAUAGUGACUCAGUCCCGGACCGACGAAAGCAGAUCCCAAUCCUAGUGAUCCCGAACCCACCUCUCAUUCAGUGUCAUGACCAUGUCUCAUCAUAGUGAAGAUGUGUUCAUGGCCGGCUCAGACUCGUUCUGGGAGCCCGGGAAUUUCAAACGGACCACCAAACGGGUCGAAGAUGGACACAAGUUGUGCACGGACCUGAUGACCCUGAUCGCUGAGCGAGCCGAGAUCGAAAAAAUGUAUGCCAAAUCACUCAAGCAGUGGGCAGCGAAGUGGCAGAAUACGAUAGAGAAAGGGCCUGAAUAUGGUACAAUGGAGGCAGCUUGGAAGGCUGUUCUAGUUGAGGCCGAUAGACGCGUGACCGUUCAUAAUAAGGUCAAAGAGGAUCUCAACCUAGGGGUCAAUAACAAGUUGAAGCAAUGGCAAAAAGACAAUUAUCACAAGUCCGUGUUACAAUUCAAAGAGAAAAAAGAGAUGGAAGAUGCUUUCAAGAAAGCACAAAAGCCAUGGGCCAAGUACUUGGGUAAGGUCAACAAGGCCAAGGCCGAUUAUCACAACGCUUGCAAGUCGGAAAAGAGCGCUUUAAACCAGGAACGAAAUGCCACCGGAGAUUCUGCGUUGUCUCAAGACCAGAAAUGGACCUUCUUCUUCCAAACCUUUGAUCCAUCCUUCUUUGUUUUGUCUAUUGAUCAACAGAUGCGCAAACUACAAGAUCGCGUCCAGAAAACGAAGGACCAAGUCCAAAAGUCCCGAGAAAACUACGAAAUGGCCAUCAACGACAUCAACGCCUAUAACGCCAAGUAUAUGGAGGACAUGACGGAGGUGUUCGAAAAGUGUCAGCGAAUGGAAGCUCAGCGACUUCAGUGUUUCAAGGACAUCUUGUUCGAUGUGCAAAAGUGCUUGAACAUCACGGAAAAUCCAGAAAUGCCCCAAAUCUACGAGGAGUUUUACCAUACUGUGAAUAACGCGGAUCACGAGCAAGAUCUCCGGUGGUGGUCCAACACACAUGGAGUGAACAUGGCCAUGAACUGGCCUCAAUUCGAGGAAUACAUGGAAGAAUUCCGGGACAUCGCCAAAGGCACCAUUCACAAGAAAGGCGGAAUUGCUGACGGUAGCAUCACCCUAAUCAACCAGCGACACGUCGGAGAUGACCUACCUGAGUAUAACCCUGUGGCACCCAAGCAAAAUGGGAGUUCCAAUCACAAACCACCGAGUCGGAACAACGGGCAUUCCAUGGCGAAAGUGCCUUCUUCAACGGGGAGUAUUCAACAACAGUCUGGACCUCCUUUGUCUAAAACAGCUAAUAACGGGCAAGCACUGAGAAGACCCUCUGUCCUCCAAGAAAGAAUCCCACCGGAUGUUAUUGAAAACUUAGGCCGUCUUGACCGUCUCGAAAGAACAAAUGGAGACUGUAUUUAUGAGGAAAUCCAAGAGCGUUACAGUAACGGAGGUGUGAGCAAGGAUUCAAAUCCGUUCGAUGAAGACGAAUGGGAAGAUGAGCACGUGGAACCGUUGGUUGAUAAUGGUGAGCCUGGAGUCAAAGUCAGAGCCCUCUAUGAUUAUGAAGCAGCUGAAGACGAUGAAUUGAACUUCAAAACAGGGGACAUUUUCGAAAAGUUGGAGGAAGAGGACGAACAAGGUUGGUGCAAAGGUCGCAAGGAUGGGAAAGUUGGCCUUUAUCCGGCCAAUUAUAUUGAAGUCGUAGACUAACUGAUGGACCCAAAACCAUGGAAGUCCACCUUUGAACUCCCCACAAGACAUUCGAACGCUUCCAUGCAAGAAGAUCAUCACAGCAGCCACAGCAACAAUAUUCAUGAACGCUACAAUAAUCAUCAUGAUCACCACCACAAAUACAACCACAUAGUGCUAGAAUUUUCUAAAACGAAAUCAAAAAGGCUCGUUCUAAGCGCCUUACGUAGACACUUCAUUGGUUAUGAGGCCAACGUUUUACAGGUCUCUUGGAGUAUGAUUCCGCGAUCCGAUGAAAAGUGCAUUUACUUCGUUCCCUGCUUUUUGAAAACAGAAAUAAUGGGGAAAUGUCGAGGAAUCUGAAAAAUUGGUUCUGCCAACCCCUCUCCAACUCUUCAAGAAAUCAAAACGGCUCUUUUCCACUCAUGCGAUUCCAUGCAAAUAAUUCUUCAGUAAAGUUGUAAAAGUGAUAUUUCAUGUUCAAUAGUACAGUUUGUCAACACCCCAAACCUUGAGUCGUUUCUUAUCCACCUUGUUCUUACCCAAUAACUAUUCUUCUUCCUCUUCUUAGUCUGUCAGUCUGUCUGUCUGUCUGUGUCUUGUAUUCGAAAAGAAUUAUUCGUUGCCCUUGAUGACAAAGACAGUUUGCAAUGCGAGACCUAAAUGAUGAGACGCUGUAGAAUAUCCAUAAUAUAUAAUUGAAAUAGCUUAACAAUUUA